GAAGGAGAGGUUGGUUAAAAAUAAGCCACUUGUAUCUCAUCCCAGAAAACAAUUUGGCGUGUUGUAUAGUCCAUUCGGACCGACCUUUAAGUGUGAGAACAUCAGUGUACCUGUUUUUUAAGAAAGGCCAACGGACAACCAGAGAGGGGAAUUGAUUCUACAAACUAUCGUCAUCUGCAGUAAUCAGUUUUUACUCUACAUGGGCCAUGAAGUGCUUAAACUGAACAGAAACCCGAGCUUGGACUACUAUAGUUGUUUGUCUGACUAUUGUUUGCCGUCCUGCUUCUCCGAUCAAAUAAACUUUGACGAAAAUGAAGUUUGAACAUGUGCUGGCUGAAACCGAUGGCUUUGGCAGGUUUCAGAUUAUGAUCAUGAGCAUCACCUUCCUGGCACGGUUUACGCUACCGUGUCACUUCUUAGUUAAUAACUUCAUGGCGGCCGUGCCGGAUCACCGCUGCCACAUCCGCGGUCUGGACGACGGGGACGCCUUCGCGAAUCUGACCCUGGAUCAGCGGCUGACCGUCAGCAUUCCAACGCAGGAAGACGGGACUCUGAGCUCCUGUAGGAUGUUCAGAGAGCCUCAGUUCCACCUGCUGCACAACUCUUCCAACGCUACUGAGAUACCUGCAGUCCCAUGUCUGUACGGAUGGGUGUAUGACAACACCACUUUUUCAACAACUUUAGCGACGGAGUGGGACCUGGUUUGUGACUACAUAAGCCUUAAUAAAGCAACUGCCACCAUUUUCUUUGUGGGAGUGAUGAUGGGUGCAUUGGUGUUUGGCAGCCUGAGUGACAGGUAUGGCAGGAAGUCGAUGCUGCUGGUGUCCUACGUGGCCGGGAUGGUGUUUGGGCUGGCCAGCGCCUUCUCCUCCUCCUUCCUCAUGUUCGCCAUCAUGAGGUUUCUCACUGGAUUCGGGAUCACUGGGAUCAGCAUUAUUUCCACCGUCCUCAGUUUGGAGUGGGUUGACAUUGAGCACAGGAGGCUGGUCGGCCUCAUUGACAGUUUUGCCUGGACCUUCGGCAACCUGAUGCUGUCCUGGAUGGCCUACCUGGUGAAUGACUGGCGGUGGCUGGUUGUCACGAUCACCUCCCCUCUGGCUUUCGCCAUACUGUCAUGGAGGUGGAUCCCAGAGUCUGCAAGGUGGCUGAUUGCAAAUGGACAGGUGGACCGGGCUCACUCUUACCUGCAGAAGUGCGCCAAGAUGAACAGGAGAGAGAGCUUUUCUGAGAAAAUCAAACCAGAGACACUGUCCAAUAUAGUUGUGUUGGAAAAAGGACAGAAGACCUACACCUAUUUGGAUCUGGUGAGAACCCCCAAGAUGAGGAGGAUGGCUCUGCUAACUGGAAUUAUAUGGUAUGGAAUUGCCUUCACAUAUUAUGGCAUCAGCUUCAACAUCACAGGGUUUGGGAUGAACAUCUAUUUAACCCAGUUUGCAUAUGCCACCAUAGAGGUCCCCUCCAAACUGACAGUGUAUUACUUACUGGAUAAAAUCGGCCGGAGGAGCGUGGAGGUGGGGGCUCUGCUCGGUGCGGGGGUCUGUCUGGCGAUAAACACGUUCGUCCCCAGAGACAUGGCACUGUGGCGCUCCGUCAUUGCCAUCAUUGGCAAAGGCUGUUCCUCAGCCUCCUUCACCACCAUCUUCCUGUUCACGUCCGAGCUCUACCCCACCGUGGUCAGACAGAACAGUUUGGGUUACAAUUCGUUUAUGGCCCGGGUAGGCGUGGCCGUUGCUCCACUGGUGAUCCUAUUGGAUGCUGUGUGGCGGCCCCUCCCCCAGAUUAUUAUGUGUGCGGCGGCCGUUACCGCUGGGCUGCUGGCGAGACUACUUCCUGAAACUAAGGGCCAGAGACUGCCAGAGACCAUAGAAGAUGUGGAACAAACCAGAAACAAGCUUGUUAGCCUGCCGAUCCAGGAACAACCCGACAUUCCCAUGGAACCCCUAAUGAAUGAUAAGAUUGAAAAGGGAACAUAAAAUACUUUUGACUCAAAAAUGGUUUUGCUAAGCAUAUAUGCAGUACUGUGUAGAUCUGAAUUCAGGUAAUCAAAAUGCAGUUGUGACCAUAUUAAUAAUAUAUUAAUGAUGUUAUUCCUUCAAAGAUUUACACUGUAACACACUGGUCACACUGCUUGAUUUUUGUGCUUGAUUUUUGCUUUUAAUUCGGUGUUGAUCGUUGCUUAAUAUUGUUUGCAACAAUCCAAAAAGCAAAUGUUGCGUGCAAGACUGUGUUUAUAUUCAACAAGUUGUUUAUUACGCAGUUUUGUCAAUAUACGUUAUGGGGGGAAAACUACAGCAGGUUGAAUGAAUUGUCUUUUGUACAUUGCUAAAACUCCAAACAAACAAUACAAUCCAAGAUAUUCAUAAUACAGAAAGAUGCAAUACGGCGCAGUUUGAACAUAAGCAAAUAUACAAGGUCUGUAGAAUACAGCAUGUGUUACUGUUCCCUACCAAUACAAUUUCUUACUGUGUUUAUGAAAACAUAUUUAAGUACACAUUUCAGUCUGACUUUGAGCUAUUCAUAUUUGGCAAGGAUACAUAAUAUGGUGCUUUCCAGUGAUAUUUAAAACCAUGCACUGAUACCGAUGAAAAUAAUAAAGUGUGUUACAGAUAAAGUCCUCA